AUGGCUCUUAACCGUACCAAGUCAAAAACGCCUGGCAAUCUCACCUUUGGCGAUGGCGACUCGCAGCACUGCACGUCCGGCAACGUCGGAAUCGACGGACGCGUCAAGGUGCAAAUACAUCAAAACGCUCAAUCCAUCGUCAAUUAUUUCAAGAAGCACCAGAAACCCGCGCCUGAAGAGCCGCUCAAGAAGCGAAAGUUUAGCACCGUCGCGCUCUCCGAACACAGACCAGCCACGAGCCCGCGCCUAAAUAUUGCAAUCCAUAUUGUCGGGUCGCGUGGCGAUGUGCAACCAUUCAUCCCUAUCGCGCAGCUGCUUUCGCGCCCGCCGUUUGGGCAUCGUGUGCGUAUCUGCACUCACCCAGUCUUCAAGAACUUUGUCGAGGAGCAAGGCAUCGAAUUCUUCAGCAUAGGUGGCGAUCCAUCAGAAUUAAUGGCCUAUAUGGUGCGGAACCCUGGCCUGUUACCGUCACGAGAGAGUAUGAAAGCUGGCGAUGUAGGCAAACGGCGUAAAGAGAUGUGGGAUAUCAUCAAUGGCGCGUGGAGGAGUUGCAUCGAGGCUGGCGACGGUACAGGAAAGCCGAUAAGAGCUGCGGAUGUGCCGGAUACCAAGGACCUGUUUCUAGCAGAUGCUAUCAUUGCUAACCCGCCCUCUAUGGCCCAUAUUCACUGCGCCGAAAAGCUUGGCAUUCCCCUGCAUAUGGUCUUCACGAUGCCGUGGUCACCAACCGCCAAGUUCUCACACCCGCUGGCUGCAAUGAAAUACGAUGGGGACACCGAUACAGGCACAGCCAACUACUUCUCAUUCAUUCUCAUGGAACUGUUGACCUGGCAAGGACUAGGCGACCUCAUCAACAAAUUUCGCACUCAGACAUUACGUCUUGACCCCGUCAGUCCCCUAUGGGGCUACCAGUUGCUUCCGCGCCUUCAAGUUCCCUAUAGCUACCUCUGGUCUCAGACUCUUAUUCCGAAACCUGCAGACUGGGGUCCACAUAUUUCCAUCACUGGCUUCUCUUUUCUUCAUCUCGCCAGCUCUUAUACCCCACCGGCAGACCUCGCCGAAUUCUUGGAAAAGGGUCCUGCACCUAUCUAUGUUGGAUUUGGCUCCAUCGUCAUCGACGACCCUCAAGGCCUGACAGAUUUGAUUUAUGAGGCGGUGCGGCGUGCCGGCGUUCGAGCUAUUGUGUCUAAAGGAUGGGGAGGAAUUGGCAACGGGGACAAGCCUGAAGACAUUUACCUCAUGGACAACGUACCCCAUGAUUGGCUCUUUCAGCGUGUCUCUGCGGUUGUCCAUCACGGAGGUGCAGGCACAACCGCCGCUGGAAUCGCAGCUGGGCGGCCUACAGUUGUCGUCCCCUUUUUUGGUGAUCAGCCAUUCUGGGGUCAGAUGAUUGCUCGAGCCGGGGCUGGUCCUACACCAAUCCCUUUCAAAGACAUGACGGCCGAGUCAUUGCAGGCUAGCAUCAAAUUUGCUCUCCGUCCUGAGGUACAAAUCGCGGUUCAAGAGAUGGCAGAUCAGAUCGCCAUGGAGGAUGGUGCCACCGACACGGUAACGAGCUUCCAAGAUCGACAUGAUUUUAGCGACAUGCGAUGUGAUCUUUGUCCUGACAAGCUUGCAUUUUGGAAGCAUAAAGGCACUGGAGCGCAUCUCAGUAACUUUGCAGUAGGUUGUUUGAUCAACGAAGGCCUCAUCGAGUCACAUGAUAUCAAGUUUCUGAGGCACAGACAUUGGUAUGUGGACGAGGGAGCUGAACAUCCCAUCGUUGGUGUCAUCGCCGCCACCUCCCUCUUCUUCACGAACAUUGCCACGGCCAGUAGCGAAUAUCACAGACGUCUCAAGAACAAACAUACACCGCCUCAACAACCGAACCAGGUUCCGCUCGAGAAGCCGAGUGAGACGAAAAAUGAUGCUGACCAAGCCACUCUCACUGGCAAUCGAUAUGUCGAAGAACCGAACGACGACGGCCAGCAGCCUAAAAACAUUCCAGACGGUGACCAAUUAACCCUCACGCAAUCAAUCGACCCAGCCCAGGUUCCCGCCCAAAGGAUGCCAACACAGCAGCAGCAGCAUGUUACACCAGAGCAAAUGGAGGACUUUGCGCAAAAACUGGCCAGUAAAUCUCUUCGGGGUGGCGAAAGUGUAACCAACCAACUUGAACGGCAACCGACUUUCCACGAACGGAGGAAGACCCAUUGGAAAGCUCAAGAAGCAGGUCGUCAUGGCAAAGCCUUUUACUACACACGAGCUACCGGGCGUUUUGCCUCGGACGUGACCAAAGCGGGCAUCAAGGCUCCCAUCUCGCUAUUUUACAACAUUGCCAACGGCUUUCACAACUAUCCAUCUUAUCGGGUUUCCGCCGAGGUUAGAAGACGAGACGAGAUCACCGGUCUAGGAAGUGGCCUACGAACAGCCGGGAAGGAGUUCGGAUAUGGCUUUUACGAUGCAUUCACAGGUGUCGUGACAAAACCAUACAAGGGCGCCAAGGAGAAAGGAAUAAAAGGAUUUGGCAAAGGUCUCAUGGAAGGCACACUGGGUUUCACUUAUAAUAUAGGCGCGGCAAUCUUUGGUUUGCCAGGAUACACACUGAAGGGGUUCGAAAAGGAGUUUCAUAAGCAUCAUCUUACCAAAUUACGGGCUGAGAUUUAUCUCAUCCGGAUAAGACAAGGUAUAGAGGAAUUCCGGGCUGCGACAACUGCGGAGAAGGAUGCUGUGGUUGAGAGGUGGAAGUCAGUGUGUUCUGAGAAGACGAGACGUUGA